CCGUUGACCAACAUCGCUUUGCACAUUUCACGGCACCUUCACUGUCUUCUUUAUUUCUGAUUCUAAAUUCACAUUCCAUCUACUAUAUAUACAUACCAUGAAAAAAUUCCUUUUCUGAUCUUCAAAAUUUCAAGAAAAUGAAUCAGAAUAUAUCACAAGCCUAUAGCCAAGUGACUCCGGCAGUACCCUCAUGGCUAAACAAAGGAGACAACGCAUGGCAAAUGACAGCCUCCACUCUCGUCGCUAUACAGAGCAUGCCGGGGCUCGUAAUCAUCUACGCUAGCUUUGUCAAGAAAAAAUGGGCCGUAAACUCCGCUUUCAUGGCGCUUUACGCCUUCGCGGCGGUUCUCAUCUGCUGGGUUCUUCUCUGCUUCCGCAUGGCCUUCGGUGACCAGCUUCUGCCGUUCUGGGGUAAAGGCGCGCCGGCUCUAGGGCAAAAGUACCUUACGGGACGGGCUAGAAUCCCUGAAAGUAUACAUGAAGAUGAAAAUGGUGAAAGUUUAAUUACUGGUUCGCUGUUAUAUCCUAUGGCGACAUUAGUUUACUUUCAGUUUACUUUCGCUGCAAUUACUCUAAUUUUGCUGGCUGGUUCGGUUCUUGGUCGGAUGAAUAUUAAAGCGUGGAUGGCUUUUGUGCCGUUAUGGCUUAUUUUCUCGUACACCGUCGGUGCUUUCAGUCUUUGGGGCGGUGGUUUUCUUUAUCAGUGGGGUGUUAUUGAUUACUCCGGCGGUUAUGUUAUUCAUCUGUCGUCGGGAAUCGCUGGAUUAACUGCAGCUUAUUGGGUUGGACCAAGAAUUAAAAGUGAUCGGGAAAGGUUUCCACCGAACAACGUGUUGCUCAUGCUUGCCGGAGCUGGUUUGCUGUGGAUGGGCUGGUCGGGUUUUAACGGUGGAGCACCGUAUGCGGCUAAUAUUACCUCGUCGAUUGCUGUUUUAAAUACGAACAUAAGUGCUGCUACAAGCUUGCUUGUAUGGACAACACUUGAUGUUAUUUUCUUCGGUAAACCGUCGGUGAUCGGAGCUGUUCAGGGCAUGAUGACCGGACUUGCUUGUGUCACACCAGGAGCAGGGCUUGUUCAAUCUUGGGCGGCUAUUAUAUACGGAGCACUAGCUGGAAGUAUUCCAUGGGUGUCUAUGAUGAUACUUCACAAAAAGUCUACACUUCUACAAAAGGCUGAUGACACAAUGGGUGUGUUUCACACUCACGCGGUGGCCGGACUGAUCGGGGGACUAUUAACCGGACUAUUAGCCGAGCCAGAGCUAUGCAAGCUAAUCCUGCCAAAGGAAACAAGAGGCGCAUUUUAUGGCGAAAAUGGCGGUACCCAAUUCUUGAAGCAACUAGCCGCGGCUUGUUUUAUCAUAGGAUGGAACAUCGCAUCUACAACAAUAAUUCUUCUAGCUAUAAGAUUUUUCAUACCAUUAAGAAUGCCGGAAGAACAACUCAUAACCGGAGACGAUGCGGUUCACGGGGAGGAAGCUUAUGCUCUUUGGGGCGACGGGGAGAAAUAUGAUCCGACGAGACACGGUUGGAAUUCUGAUAUGCAUGAAGAGGAAAUGAGACCUCCUACUAAUUAUGGUAAUGGUGGUGCAAGAGGUGUUACUAUUAGUUUGUGAGCUAGAUUUUGUAUUCAAUUUGGUUAUGGUUUAGUGAUAGGUGUGUAAUUAUUAUUUUGUUUGUGAUCUAAAUCUCUUUUUCUCUUGCAUUUAGAGAUUGUUCAGGUCAUUCCAUUGAGUGAUUUAUUGCAUAUGAUUUAUGUGUA